CUUCAACAAGUUUAUCAAGUUUGUAACAAUAAUAUUUUAAAGUUUGUAACAAUAAUAAUAAAUAAAUUCAACAGUGGGGUCUUGUGUCUUCAACAAGUUUAUCAAGUAAAGUCAAGGAUAUAUAGGUGAUCCAACUACACAACCAAACAUCCAAAAUCUGCCUUCAAACUAUGAUGAAAAGAGUUCUUCUAAAGUUCAAGGAUUGCAAGAAAAAAUAUAAUCAGUGUACUAAGAUCAUAAAUAUUGUAAACAAUAUAAUCAACCAAAGAAAGUGAUUCAGAUUGGACCAUCCAGAAAAUGAAGAAACCAGUCCCUCUCAUAUUUUCUCAAUGCCUCAAACUACUUCUAAUCAAGUUUGUACUACUAUCAGAAACUAUAAUAGCAGAACCAAGAGCAAAGACAGUUAUGAUAACAUGUGGCCAUCAAGUAGAGCAUAACACAAGCAUCUUUGUUCCGAAUUUUGUUGCAACUAUGGAGAAGAUUAGCGAGCAGAUGCGCAGUACCGGCUUCGGCACAGCAGUUACAGGGACAGGACCUGAUGAUAACUAUGGCCUAGCACAAUGCUAUGGAUAUCUUUCAUUACUUGACUGUGUGUUGUGUUAUGCUGAGGCGCGCACGGUUCUUCCUCAGUGCUUCCCUUAUAACUCCGGUCGCAUUUACCUUGAUGGUUGCUUCAUGAGGUCUGUGAACUAUAGUUUUUUUAGUGAGUAUACAGGAAAAGAAGAUAGAACUGUGUGUGGGAACACAACUAAGAAGAGCUCGGGUUUUCAAGCAGCAGCGAAGGAGGCAGUGUUAAGAGCGGUUCGAGAUGCACCGAAAAAUAAAGGCUAUGCCAGAGGGAAAGUAGUUGUAUCAGGAACAUCGAAUGAAUCUGCUUAUGUUCUGGCUGAUUGUUGGAGAAGUUUGGAUUCUAAGUCUUGCAAAGCAUGUCUCGAGCAUGCGUCAUCUUCUAUUUUGAGAUGUCUGCCCUCGUCAGAAGGACGGGCGCUCAACACCGGAUGCUUCAUGAGGUACUCCAACACUGACUUUCUUAACAAGGAAGUUGAAAAUGGGAGUUCAGGAGGUAAUGUAGUAGUGAUAGUCGUUGCAGUAGUUAGUUCGGUGAUCGUUGUGGUGGUUGCCGUAACUUUUGGAGCUUAUAUCUGGAAACAGAGAUACAUUCAAAAGAAAAGAAGAGGAUCAAAUGAUGCAGAAAAGUUAGCAAAGAGUCUAGAGCAAAAAAGCUUGAACUUCAAGUACAAUACAUUGGAAAAAGCUACUGGAUCUUUUAAUGACAAUAGAAAAAUAGGGCAUGGAGGAUUCGGAACGGUUUAUAAAGGAGUUCUACCAGAUGGAAGAGAGAUUGCUAUCAAGAGGUUAUUUUUCAACAACAGACAUAGAGCAGCAGAUUUCUCUAACGAAGUCGACAUAAUUAGCGGUGUCGAACACAAGAAUCUAGUUAGACUAUUAGGAUGCAGUUGUUCAGGACCCGAAAGCCUUCUUGUAUAUGAAUUUAUGCCUAACAGAAGUCUUGAUCGCUUCAUUUUUGAUAAAAACAAGGGCAGAGAACUAAACUGGGAAAAAAGAUAUGAAAUUAUUAUUGGGACAGCUGAAGGAUUAGUUUACCUGCAUGAGAACUCCAAAAUCAGAAUAAUUCAUAGAGAUAUAAAAGCCAGCAACAUCCUAUUGGAUUCAAAGCUUCGAGCUAAAAUUGCAGAUUUUGGUUUGGCCAGGUCCUUUCAAGAAGACAAGAGCCACAUAAGCACAGCUAUUGCAGGAACUUUGGGUUAUAUGGCUCCAGAGUAUCUAGCUCAUGGUCAGUUAACAGAAAAGGCAGACGUAUAUAGUUUCGGAGUAUUACUGCUAGAGAUAGUUACUGGAAGACAGAACAACAGGAGCAAAGCAUCAGAAUAUUCAGACAGUUUAGUUAUAGUGACAUGGAAGCAUUUUCAGUCGAGGACUGCUGAACAGUUGUUCGAUCCAAAUAUAGAGUUGCACAACGACAGUAAUAGUGAUGUUAAGAAUGAGAGUUUGAGAGUGGUUCACAUAGGACUUCCAUGCAUCCAAGAGGUCGCUUCAUUGCGACCAACUAUGUCAAAGGCGUUACAGAUGCUAACCAAGAAUGAGGAGCAUCUUGUUGCUCCCUCUAAUCCACCUUUCUUAGAUGAGAGUACCAUGGAACUCCAUGACACAAGUGGCGACCCAUUUUACCUCCACAAAACAGCUGAUUCAGUUGCUACUAUGUCAAAUAGCUCUUUCUAUGGAAACGCAGAGAAAAUAAAUCACUGCACACAUUAAGUCUGCCGUGCCACAAGUAAAUUGGCUUGGCUCGGGAUUAUGACACUGAAGGUUGUUAACAUUGCAUUUUAUCAGUUUCUGUUCCAAAUGUACACUUCAAUUAUGGGAAG